AUGGAAGCCAUCUCCCACGCAGGGUCUGUCCUCGGUGUUCUGGCAAAGGAUGGCGUUGUGCUUGCUGCGGAGAAAAAGGUGACAGGCAAGCUACUCGACCUCAGCGGGGCGAGGGAAGGAGGCUACGGUGGCAGUGGAGAGAAGAUCUUCUUGCUGAACUCGAAUGUGAUAUCUGGGGUUGCAGGUAUCACCGCCGACGCGAACUCGCUCGUAAAUUACGCCCGAGCAGCAGCACAAAGACAUCUAUUUGUGUAUAACGAAGACAUCCCGGUUGAGCUACUUGCACAACGGCUAUGUGACCUUAAGCAAGGCUACACACAAUACGGAGGUCUACGACCUUUCGGUGUAUCUCUCCUAUAUGCGGGCUACGACCCACACUACCAGUUUCAACUAUACCAAUCCGACCCAUCAGGGAACUACUCCGGCUGGAAGGCAACGUGUAUUGGCGCGAACAAUGGUACCGCACAAAGUUUGUUGAAGCAGGAGUACAAGGAGGACAUAGGUGUUGAGGAAGCCAUCGGGCUGGUGCUCCGGGUGAUGAGCAAGACCAUGGAUAGCACCACGCUGGGCAGUGAGAAGUUGGAAUUCGCUACCAUGACAUUGGAUGCGACCACGAAGCAGCCAAAAGCGAAGAUCUACAAGCCUGCGGAGAUCGAUGCACUGUUGGCCAAACACGAUCUUGCUAAGAAGGACGAGGACGCGGAGAUGCGGGCAACAUGA